CCCGGAGUGAACUCCGGCGUCGCUGUACCUGGUCCCCCUGGACCUCCUGGUUUCGCCGGCAAACCAGGGAAUCCUGGUCCAAUGGGGCUACCCGGAGACGCAGGUAUUCCAGCGAGGAGUGAAGCGACUGUACCUGGAUCACCUGGACCACAAGGAGAUAUGGGACCACCUGGACCAGUGGGUCAACCAGGUCAGCCGGGUUUCGGUGGUGGACAAGGUCGCCCAGGAUCACCUGGUCCUCCUGGCCCGCCUGGUUUGUCUGGAUCUGACGGUCUGUCUGGUUUGCCCGGUAUACCAGGCCAAGCAGGUGCUCCAGGAGAGAAGGGUAUCUGCCCUAAAUAUUGCGCUAUCGAUGGUGGAAUAUUCUUUGAGGAUGGAACUCGUCGUUAGUGAUCUUCAGAUGGGAUGUCAAAAUCACGGCAAUGAUAGUAGUCGAAUAAAAAUUGUCGAUGUAGAUGUCGAAUAA